AUGACAACUCGCGACCGGGCCUGCUUGGUCCUCAUCGUGUCCGGCAUGACGACUUCCUGUCAGGAGUUUGACGUGACCGUCUACACCUCACCUGGGGCCACCUGUGGAACCUACAACCACCUGUGGCUCAGCCUGAUUGGCUCGCAGAGCCAGACUCCGCCCAUCAGCGUGAACGCGGAUCAACAUCUCCUGCCUGGAUCAACAUGUCUGGUUUCGGUCCGGUCCAAUGGCCUGCUGGGUCAGCUGAUCCUGGUCCGGCUCCGACUGGAAGCUCAGACUGGACUCCCUGAUGUGGACUGGCACUGCAGCAGGGUGGAGGUGGGCCAGCGGGCCGCAGGUUCCGGAGCUCAGGUGUUCCUGUGCGACAGGUGGCUGCGGCCCGCAGAUGGUGACGUGGAUCUGCGCAGCGGAGCGCCGUGUUUGAUGGCCGACGAAACUGAAGAGAAGCUGAAGCAGCACCGAGUCCAACAGCUGAAACGUCAGCAGCAGCUCUUCAGGUGGCAUCAGUUCGUGGGCGGAGCUCCGCAGUGCGCCAGCCUCAGCAGCAUGUCCGAGCUCGGGCCGAACCUCAGCUACACCCACAGGAGUCAGCCCACCAACGUGCACUAUCUGAAAGGCUUCAACAACCGACCAGAACCCUGGACCGGACUCUCAGAGCUGGAGACGGUUUUCGCUCACACGGGAGACCACAACAGCGUGGCCAGGGUCGUGAAGGCUCACUGGAAGGAGGACUGGUUCUUUGGGUAUCAGUGUCUGAAUGGCUGCAACCCUCUGCAGGUCCGUCAGGUCCGUCGUCUUCCUCCAAACCUGGCUGUGACCUCCGACAGGCUCCGCCCCUUCCUGCCAAAACACUCCAGCCUUGAAGAGGAGCUACAGAAAGGAACCGUGUACCUGUUGGACUAUGAGGUUUUGGAUGGACUACCAGGGAACCAGAUCAACGGGAAGCAGACAUACCUGUCGGCCCCUCUGUGCCUCCUCCACCUGAACCAGCAGGACCAGCUGGUCCCCAUUGCCAUCCAGCUUCAGCAGACCCCUGGCCCUCAGAAUCCCGUCUUCAUGCCCUCGGACCCCGGUUCUGACUGGCUGCUGGCCAAGAUCUGGGUCCACUGCAUGGACUUCCAGUGCCACCAGCUGGUCUCUCAUUACAUGAGGACCCACAUGAUGGCAGAACUGUGCUGUGUGGCCACGCUGAGACAACUGCCGGACCAGCACCCGCUGCACCAGCUGCUGAUGCCUCACGUCAGAACCUCUCUGCAGAUAAACCUUCAGGCUCGAGCCUCGUUGUUGGCUCCUAACGGCAUCUUCGACCAGGUUGUGGGUUCUGGUCUGAACAUCAUCCCGUCUCUCCUGUCCCGAGCGUCAGCUCGGGUCCGCUAUCGGUCCCUGUGUGUUCCUGACGACGUAUCGGACCGCGGCGUCGACAACCUGCCUCACAGCUACUACGCUCAGGACGCACUGAGAAUCUGGGACGCACUGCACAGGUUUGUGUCCAGCUGGCUGGACCUGUUUUAUAACGGAGAUACAGAUGUCCAGACUGACACCGAGCUUCAGAACUGGGUCUCUGACAUCACCACACACGGCUUCCCAGAAAACUCAGGUUUCCCUUUGUGUUUCCACACCAAAGCAGAAGUGUCCAAGUUUGUCACCAUGUUCAUCUACUCGUGUUCGGCGCUGCACGCCGCCGUUAACUUCUCCCAGCUGGACUUCGCUCUCUGGAUGCCGAACUGUCCGGCCUCGAUGAUGAGACCUCCUCCUCAGGUCAAAGGUCAUCUGUCGGAAGCCGACAUCAUGACCUUCCUGCCUGACGUCAACGCCACCUGCCGGGUCCUGAUGACGCUGGCCGUGCUGUCGCAGCCAGGCGUCGACUUUGUUCCUCUGUGUCACUACAAGGAGGCCAUCUUCACGCAGGACGCCCACCGCAGGCUCGUGGACCGUGUGCAGGCCGACCUCAGGGCCAUUUCUGAUGACAUCACAGAACGCAACAACCAUCUGGAGUCGUCGUAUCCGUACCUUUGUCCCACGGGCAUCGACAACAGCGUGGCCAUUUAACCCCGGCAUCCUGCAGCUGUCUUUACGUCUUUUCAUCCACUUCUUCCUCUACAUGCCGUCAGACUCAACAACGUUUAUUUAAGGAGUAUUUAAGUUUAGAGUCGUGAGUUUUCAGUGUGCCGUGAUGUGAGUC